ACCCUAAAAAAGAAAUGAACACUAUAAAUACAGAAGAUGUUGGCUGUAAUAAUCUCUAAAGGAUUCAAAGCUCGUUUAGUUUUCCUUUUCAAAGCAUUCAUAUUUUCACUUUUCAAUGGCUCAGUUGGUAAUAUUUUUGUGUUGAAAUUGUCAUUACAUCCUGACAGCAGUGUUGCUGACUUGGCAACCUUCUUGCUACACUCAGCAUUUGUUGGUGCUGCUGCUGCUUCUUUGGGAAAGAGUCUGCAGCACUGGGUAGGUAGGACCAUAAUCUUCUUAGUAUUUAAAGUAAACCAAUCCUCCCCUUUUAAACAAAAUAGGAAUGCGUGACAGUCUUUAUUCAAAGAAAACCCAAUAAGAUUGCAAACUUAAUUAACUAUUUCUAUAACUGGGCAAACUGAAUUCUAUGGCAUUAUAUCAAAUCAUAUAUUCAUGGAAAACAGGAAAUUCCUUUUUGGAAGUAAGUGUUGUUGGUAAUGUUGCCCCCCCCCCCCUCUACUUACACAUCAUCUGAUCCGAGCAGCGCCUUCAGGAGUGAAUCCCCCUCAGCUCGUAUUCUGUAUCUCCUUCAAUCCAAAGCUAUUUAAGGCCUCUGCAGCUCCACACCAUAUUGUGCGUGUUGUGUUACUGUUGGGCAGUGAUCUAGGGCCUCCGGACUCUGGAGGCAGCCCAAAGCGGAGGUUGUUGGAUUGUGUAAUAGUGGAGGGAUUUGUCCUAGUUAAUGUUAUGGUGGGAAAGACAAAACGAAAGUCUUAAGAAGACUCCACACGAUACCUUCAUUAAAUAACAAAAAAAGGAUGAAAUAAUAACUGAACUAAAUGAGAAAAGCCAAAAAAAGUUUCGAGGGGGUAGCCAUAUGAGUAAAUACUGCGGCUGAUUUGAGAGGUGGAAGAUAUCAAAUUUGGGGCAGGUUACCAUGGUUGCAGGAUGGAUCGCUCUCUUAUGUAUCCAGCUAAAGUUUGUUAUGAAAUAGUUGAGUGUUAAAUCAAUAUGAUGUAGGUUGGUCCAUAAAAAGUUCAUUCAUUCUGUGUCUUUCUUGUACACCUUUGACGGAGUUCUUUCAACUUCAAGAAUUUAGUCACACAACUGUGCUAUUGAAGGCUUUUCUCUGGGAUAAACUCAUUGUUGAAUCAAUGACACAUGUUAGAGGGGGUGUGUCUCUCUUCUAUGACCUGUGGUUGGUCCGUACGGAGUGAUUAAUGGCUAAGUUGCUUCAGUAAUGAUUUUUAAGUGCCAGUUAAUCAGGCUCCUCGGUCGGUAGCGCGAGGGGAAGGUUGGGUUUGUCUGGUUGGAAUGGAAGCUGUGUUCAUGUGUGUAGCUCGUAGAAAUGGAAAAGCAGCAGACCAAUCAAUCCUACUACAGUCAGAACAUUUUGUAUCUGUUAAUAAAGCUACGUCCUGGCUCUUAUUGUUGUAUUAUUAUGCUAUUGAAUGGUUAAAUCAAUCAAAUUAACAGCUCCUCUUUUAUUUUAGAAAUAGUAUGAUACAGCUUUUAGACGUUCAGAUAUAUCUCCUAUAGAAGACAGAAACUAGGGUGCGGUCAAGAUGAGUUAAUUUCCUGGAGGAUUUAUUGUACCGGCCCUUAUUUAUCACCAUUGUCCCACAUUCCAUGCAGUGUCGAACAAAAGUGCUACAAAGAGGUCUAUUGGUAAGUGAAACACCAAAUCCUCCUUUCCUAGUCAGUGUCUCCUGUGUCUAACCAAACACCCACGGCUGUAUCAACACAAAAGAAAGAGAUUUUGCUUGGAUUUCAUUGCUAAAAAGGAUGCUUAUAUAAACUAUGUCAUGAUACUGAUUUGUAAAAAGUCUAAAUUCAUGUUUUGUUAGUUCUCUCCACCAAAGACAUAACUUUUAAAUGGCUAGUUUUCUCAAUGGAGAUCUGAUCAAUUGGUGCUAUGAUUUGCUGACUUUGUAGCAGCUCCAUCAACACUUUAUACACCGUUUACUCUGCUCAAUAUGAGCUAUUGUGGAGCUUUGGUCCCCACUUGUGGCUACAAAGUUCCUGAUUCUACCACAGCAGGACAUAAGUGAAGGCUGGAGGAGUAAAGUAAAGCAUUUUGAUCAGGCUCUUCUUUUUCUGACCACACGCUGGUUAAUGUCUGCAGACAGAUGCAGAUGCAGAAUUUGCAUUCAACAAGAUUUGAUAUCUGUGUUUGAUAUGGAGACACAGAGGCUUCAAUGCCCCAGUGGUUACUGAUGGCUGCUGAGACUCACUGGACUUCCCAUUAGUGUAAUUAUGUGUAUUUGUUUGUCUAGUCCUGUGUGUGGUAUAUUGUGAAUAAUAACUUUUCUCGUGUUUUUUCCAGGUCAUACUGUCAGGCAUCGUAGGUCUCACAACAUGGAGAAGGCCUAUGCUGUUACUGGUGAGCAUUGGUUACACCAGCUGACUGUCAGCUGGUGUAAGCUGGGUUUCCUGUGACUCCAAAAAGACUCAUUUAUAUCAAAGGUCAAUGUGUUUGUCCUUCUCUCUUUGGUGUGUGUGCUCCUUAACCUGGCUGGAUUCAUCCUGUGCUGCCAGGGGGCCCAGCUGGUUUCCAGUAUGACCAGCUGCCAACUGAGUGAGGCUGGAGAUGUGUGCUACUGCUGCGCCCUCUCCCCGACCUCCAACUGUCCCCAAGAGAAGCUGCUGCAACUCCACCCUGCCCCCUCCUGCAGCACCAUGAGGGUGCUGCUCAAGAAAGUGCUGUUUGCGCUGUGCGCUCUGAACGCUCUGACGACCGCCGUGUGCCUCAUGGCGGCCGCCCUGAGGUACCUGCAGAUCUUCAGUGCAAGAACACAGUGCCUGGACGAGCACAGGGCCGCUGGUGAACAAGGGGAGGACCCUGGUCAUGGGCCAGACCCAGAUGAGUUUGUGGCCCCUGCCCCACCCCCAUCCUACUUCUCCACUUUCUACUCUUACACACCACGUCUGGCUCGCCGGAUCCUCGGGGACAGUGUGAUCCCUCUCCCUCACAUCUACGGGUCUCGGAUCAAAGGGGUGGAGGUCUUCUGUCCUCUAGACCCCCCCCCUACGUACGAGGUUGUUGCCGGCAGCUCCACCGAUGCAUCCACACAGGAGACCGACAUUGUUCUGACGGAGUGGACGACAAACCCAACUCCGCCAGUACCAUCUGUUCCAGAUGGGAGCCAUCAAUUGGAAUCGACAUCACCAGGCACCAAGCCCCAGAUCCUGCCCCCCCCUCCUCCCUCUCUUCCUUCUCCAUCACAGCAGCAGUCGUCUGCAGCACCGACCCCCUGCAGCAAGGCGAGGAUCCAGCGAUCCAACAGUGACCCGGUGUUGAUGGACCUUGCCGCUAAAAUGCAGAGCAGCAGUGACGCUCCGUCGCUUCAGACCACUGAUUCGUCCACCCAGACCUCCCAGCCCACGCUGGCCUCCUGCCCCCAGGGCCAGGUCACUCUGAGACGAGGCAACAAACCCAACGGCCGGCCACGGCCCACCUCCAUGGUGGACUACCAAAGCUACCGGCACACGCAGCAGCUGGUCAGGAAGAUCCUGGAUCAGCCGGCUGCCCAGGGCCUGGCCCCAGAGGUCCUGGAGCUGGUGGACAGCAUACGGAACGUCCUGCAGUCGGACCAGGAGCACAUGGAGGAGGCCGUGCGCUGUGCCAGCUACAUAGAACAGGUGUUCACUGACUCACCAAUGGGUCCCAGUCAGCCAGCAGAGAGUCAUUCGGUGACUUUUCCUCGCCCCUGGAGAAGGAGGAGGAGGAGGCCCUGCCUGCUGCACCUGCAGAGCUGCGGGGACCUCAGCUCCUUCACCUGUCAGUCAGUGGAGCGACGUGGAAACCAUACAUGCGCGGCCUCGACAGGGGGCUCCAGGGCGGGGUCAAGGACAGGGUCCCUUCUGGAGCGCCCUGAACGGCCACACAGUCUGAUUGGAGUAUUUAGAGAGACGGUGCUUUGAGAAGAAAACCACCUGUUGGACCUGGCUGUAGAUAGACUUCUAGAGAAAUCGGUUGUAACAAACAACUGAGAAGGAUCUGAGACUGUAAUGUGUAAUGUAAAGUGUGCACAUGUUUGUACAAGUGCCAUUUUCUCUUUUUCUCUCCCUUUUUUGCUCUGCUAAUACUGUUCUUUUAGCCAUUUUAUUGGUGAAGAGAUAAAAAUGUGUGGAAAAAUUGAUCUUGUACUAAAGUGUAAUACCAAGCAUUUAUAGGUUUAUAGCGAUGGGAUUUUAACAUCUGAACAACUUUGCAUUUCUUUCAGUCAACUGAAUACAAAUGUACAUUGCUGCAAUUACUCUACAGUGGUUAGGGGUAGUUAUUUAGUCCUUCAAUUACAUUGGCAUACAUCAUUUUAGAUAUUAGAUAGGAUUGCUACUUUUUUGAUUAUAUGGUAAUAAACUCACCUAUCUGUCUGACUUGUGGAUAGUUACUUGCUAUCCACAGCAGAGAGCUUUGUAUGUUUCAUUUUCUAUGAGGAAAUUUUGCUGCUGGCUGCAAGCAGUUCAAUUCAUUUUAUUUUGUAUAGCCCAAAAUUGCAAAUUUAAAUUUAAAAAAAAAUAAAAAACCCUUCAAUGGGGAAAAAGGGAAGAAACCUUAGUGGGAACGUCAGAGGAGGGAUCCCUCUCCCGGGAUGGACAGACUGCAAUGGAUGUCAUGCAUGAACAACGUAAAAGAUGUACAUUACAUUAAUUUCUUAAUGCCAAUGAUUGCAGUGGCAGUUGUCAGCCGGGCAAAAGACAGGAGCAGGGUCCAGAUAGAUCCUGUGAGAAAGCACAAAUACUACUACUACAGCAAUAGAAAUGGGAACAUCAAUGGUGUUUGACGCCGUAGGUGUCCGGCCCACAAGAUUGUUGCAAGAUGUUACAAAUAAAUCCAGUUUCAACAAAUAAAGUGGCAAUGUGCUAAAAAUCA